UUUUAAAGCAUCUUUUCUGACUUGAAAGUCCUGUUUCUGAAAAUUAAACAUAUACAUUUAGAACGUUAGUCUUCUCUCGAGGAGCUCGCUUGAAUUCCACCUUAACAGAGACCAGCCCACUUCUUAGCCCCUCCUACCCGCGGGAGAGGACUUUCUUGAAGUCGGAACUGUGAAGGGCUCCAGGCUGACUGACACUGACAAGAGCUAGAAGGCACCGAGAAACCUGAGGAUUCUCAUUUAACUCUGGGAACUGCUUCAAGAAGGUACAGUACCAGAGAAGACCUGGGAAGUGUGAGAAUUCCUGCAGCUGGGACCAAAAUGUCUUUCAUAGAUCCUUAUCAACACAUUAUAGUGGAACACCAGUAUUCCCAUAAGUUUACUGUAGUGGUCCUACGUGCCACCAAAGUAACCAAGGGGACCUUUGGCGAUAUGCUGGACACUCCAGAUCCUUAUGUGGAACUUUUCAUCUCUACAACUCCUGACAGCAGGAAGCGAACAAGACACUUCAAUAACGAUAUAAACCCUGUGUGGAAUGAGACCUUUGAGUUCAUUUUGGAUCCUAACCAGGAAAAUGUUUUGGAGAUCACAUUGAUGGAUGCCAAUUACGUCAUGGAUGAAACCCUAGGCACAGCUACAUUUCCUGUAUCUUCAAUGAAGGUGGGAGAGAAGAAAGAAGUCCCUUUUAUUUUUAACCAAGUCACUGAAAUGAUUCUGGAAAUGUCUCUUGAAGUUUGCUCAUGCCCAGAUCUACGGUUCAGCAUGGCACUGUGUGAUCAGGAGAAAAUUUUCAGACAGCAGAGGAAAGAGAAUAUAAGAGAGAACAUGAAGAAACUUUUGGGUCCAAAAAAGAGUGAGGGGCUUUAUUCCUCACGUGAUGUGCCUGUGGUUGCCAUUUUGGGUUCAGGUGGGGGUUUCCGGGCCAUGGUGGGAUUCUCUGGUGUGAUGAAGGCGCUGUAUGAAUCAGGGAUUUUGGACUGUGCUACAUACAUUGCUGGUCUUUCUGGCUCCACAUGGUACAUGUCAACCUUGUACUCUCACCCUGAUUUUCCAGAGAAAGGUCCAGAGGAGAUUAAUGAAGAGCUAAUGAAAAAUGUCAGCCACAACCCUCUCUUACUUCUUACACCACAGAAAGUUAAAAGAUACGUUGAGUCUCUAUGGAAGAAGAAAAGUUCUGGCCAGCCUGUCACCUUUACUGACAUCUUUGGGAUGUUAAUAGGAGAAACACUAAUUCAAAAUAGAAUGGGCAUGACCUUGAGUAGUUUGAAGGAAAAGGUCAAUGCCGCCCGGUGUCCUUUGCCCCUCUUCACCUGUCUCCACGUCAAACCUGAUGUGUCAGAACUGAUGUUUGCCGAUUGGGUGGAAUUUAGUCCAUAUGAGAUUGGCAUGGCAAAAUAUGGUACUUUUAUGGCUCCUGACCUAUUUGGAAGCAAGUUUUUUAUGGGAACAGUUGUAAAAAAAUAUGAAGAAAACCCCUUGCAUUUCUUAAUGGGUGUCUGGGGCAGUGCCUUUUCUAUACUGUUCAACAGAGUUUUGGGAGUUUCUGGCUCACAGAAUAAAGGCUCUACAAUGGAGGAGGAAUUAGAAAACAUUACAGCAAAGCACAUCGUGAGCAACGACAGCUCUGACAGCGAUGACGAGGCCCAAGGACCCAAAGGCACCGAGAAUGAAGAGGCUGAAAGAGAGUACCAAAAUGACAACCAAGCUAGCUGGGUCCAUCGGAUGCUGAUGGCUUUGGUGAGUGACUCCGCUCUGUUCAAUACGCGAGAAGGACGCGCGGGGAAGGUGCAUAACUUCAUGUUGGGCUUGAAUCUCAACACAUCAUAUCCACUGUCUCCCCUGAGAGACCUCAGCCCCCAGGAUUCCUUUGAUGAUGAUGAACUCGACGCAGCGGUAGCAGAUCCAGAUGAAUUUGAACGAAUAUAUGAACCACUGGAUGUCAAAAGCAAAAAGAUUCAUGUUGUAGACAGUGGGCUCACGUUUAACCUGCCAUAUCCCUUGAUCCUGCGACCUCAGAGAGGUGUGGAUCUUAUCAUCUCUUUUGACUUUUCUGCAAGGCCAAGUGACACCAGUCCCCCCUUCAAGGAACUUCUGCUUGCGGAGAAGUGGGCUAAAAUGAACAAGCUCCCGUUUCCAAAGAUUGAUCCUUAUGUGUUUGAUCGGGAGGGACUAAAGGAAUGCUAUGUCUUUAAACCUAAGAAUCCUGAUGUGGAGAAGGACUGCCCAACCAUCAUCCACUUUGUUCUGGCCAACAUCAACUUCAGGAAGUACAAGGCCCCAGGUGUUCUACGGGAAACAAAAGAAGAGAAAGAAAUCGCUGACUUUGACAUUUUUGAUGACCCCGAAUCACCAUUUUCAACCUUCAACUUUCAGUAUCCAAAUCAAGCAUUCAAAAGGCUACAUGAUCUGAUGUACUUCAAUACACUGAACAACAUUGAUGUGAUAAAGGAUGCCAUUGUUGAGAGCAUUGAAUACAGAAGACAGAACCCAUCUCGUUGCUCUGUUUCCCUCAGUAAUGUUGAAGCAAGAAAAUUCUUCAACAAGGAGUUUCUAAGUAAACCCACAGUGUAGUCUCUGUGCUGGAAUGAUCAAGCCCUUUGAAUUCCAUGACAACUGGAGUUCAGAACACAUUAGAGGUCAUCUAACUAUGCAAAAGAGACUGGCUGCUACUCAGAGUUGUGGGGAUUUAGCCAUAAUGUUAGGUGAAAAUGGUGUUGAUUGUGUAAUACUUAGCCACAGUUUCUGACAGUAUGAGUUUUUAGACAAUAUAUACUGUGUUUUAAGCAUUCCUCACAUUUCUCCCCCAUGCUUUUUAUAUAAAUAUAAAUGUCUUCUUUUUUAAAUAUUUAAUAGUUUAGCUCAGUAAAAAAGGCUUCCCAUUGUGUGUGAAUGUUAUUCCGAACUAGAUUUGUUCAUGCCAUGUUACAACACUAUUUUUAUUUAAAUGUUCAUAUCUACACAUAUGAAAUAAAUACUUUGUUGUACAAAUUACCAUUAGAAA